AUGUUCCGACUUCCAGGCUACGUACAAGUGGACAAGUCCAAGCAGGCAUACCCUAGCUACCUAGGUAGCAAGCCAGCAAAGCAAAAUUCGGUUAGCUUCCAUGUGAUUUCUCCAGAAGAAUCCAAGCUCGGCGAUGCCGAAGCACAUCCGAUAUUACUAUCUAUCCCCCUGGUUGCCAUGACUCUCGGCCACGGAAAUCCCGGUCAUUCGGCAGCGCCGGUACAGGGUGCCGGUCCCGGGCUAUGUUGUAUUGCGUCUGUGGGAACGUCGUAUUCUGCCCAGGCCGGCUGCCGGUUGGAUAAUUCCGGGUGGCCGGGUGGUCGGUAG